CAAUCAGUUGCGACCGAGACCCCCCGGCGACAAGAUGGUCAAGUUGACUCUGUACGGCUUGGAUCCCAGUCCGCCAGUUCGCGCCGUCAGACUAACCUUGGCCGCUCUCAACCUGCCCUACGAAUAUGUGAACAUAAACAUAGUGGGUAGGGAGCAACUGUCUGCAGCUUACCUGGAGAAGAAUCCCCAGCAUACGGUGCCCACGUUGGAGGAAGAUGGCCACUUCAUAUGGGACUCGCAUGCCAUUAUCGCGUAUCUGGUGUCCAAGUAUGCGCCAUCGGAUGACCUAUACCCGAAAGAUCUCCUCCAGCGCGCGAUAGUGGAUCAGCGGCUGCACUUUGAUACGGGCGUGGUCUUCGCCAAUGGCAUUCGAAGCAUUUCCAAGCCCGUGAUCUUCUUCGGUCAGACCACAGUGCCUAGGGAGCGCUAUGAUGCUAUUAUCGAGAUCUAUGACUUCGUAGAGACAUUCCUAGGGGGGCACGAUUAUAUUGCCGGCGAUCACCUGACAAUCGCCGACUUUAGUCUGGUCUCUUCGGUGUCUUCCCUCGUUGCCUUCGUGGACAUGGAUCCGGUGAAGUAUAGCAGGAUUAGUGCUUGGAUCAAGAGACUGGAACAGCUGCCCUACUACGAGGAGGCCAAUGCCAAGGGAGCUCGGCAACUGGUGGCCAUUGUGAAGAAAACAAAUUUCACCUUUGAAAGCUAAUAAACUACUAUUGAUAUCUUUUGAAUUAAAAAUUAAAAAUGUAUAAAAACAAA